UUGUUUUCAACCGUAGGAAGUCUACCCGGGAAAUCCGCUGUUAUCCGCUCUGUCAGCCAGCCAACCGCAUCUCGUAAGUCGUAACCCUCGGUCGAUCUUCACGUCCUCGUCGACGCCGAUUUUGAAAUUUUGUCAUUUUUCUUCCAAUCGGCUAGUUAUUCUUAAUCAUGUCCCUUUUGAGUUACCACAUCGCGAGAAAAUCGCCUUCAGUCGUCAGGACGUGCGCGUGCCAACAUCCCUUCAAUAUAAUAUAUCGUUCAAACGCGAACCCGAUUUUGAAAAAGCAGAACGAAACGGACCCAUCCCGCGGGUACAGUACGACUCAGAGGCGAGACGGUUGCCCACAGGUUAUGGACUUUCCUGUUUACAUUUGGCCAAAUAUUUUCAAAACUUUCAAAAAUGUAAUACUAACUAAUCUCAUUAUUUCAAAAUAUUUCGACACUGAGUUUAACAUGAAAGAUUUUACAGUGGCUUCAAAACAGGCUGUAGAAAAAGUGUCCCACCAUUUGUCCAUGAAUGAGCUUAGGCACCUGGUUGGGUUGGUCACUCCUGAUGUUAUAGCAGAAAUUAAAAUAUGCUUAACCAACUUCUCUUCUAAAGCUGAGAGUGCACUUGCUAUAAAGAAAGACGACAUUGUUUUUAGUUUUCCGUAUGAAGUUGGGAUAAUUCUCCCAGAUGAUAAUGAUGAAGAACCACAAAAACGUAUAGUUGAAAUAACUAUGGUUUACCAUGUUCUGACCGGAUUCAAUGAAUUGAACAAUGCAGCCCAUUCUGAGUUAAAACCCUGGCUUCCAAAUCAAGAGCUCACAGAACGGCUUCAUGUUUUGAAUUACAGAUUUCGUAGAGAUUUUACAAAAGGAGUGGAGCCAGACUGGAUCAUCAAUGGUUUAAAUCAUUUCAGACCGAUGAGAUCGGCCCAUUAUUCAUGAAGUAUCGAGUAAAUUUUUUGUUAAUGUGUUUUUUUACCAUAAGAAAAAAAUGUGAUAUUUUAGAUAUAAUAUACACUACUGUUUUGAAGACUGAUGAAAAUUUAACGAAUAAAAAUGUGUUUAAAAUUUUUAA